CCGUGACGUCACGCUGGGGUGAAUAGAGCGCGCUGAAGCGGAGCUGUUCACUCACACAGGUGCUUAACACUGAUACUCCACAUACUCCACCAACACCAUCACACCACUUGAAGACCAUGAGAGCAGCAUUUCUCAUUGCAUUUCAUUUGCUGUACCAGCUAGUUUACGUUGACACAUCAAGAACUACAGAGUGCAUUUCGCACAUGGAUGCUUGUCUUUCUCCACACUUCUGCAGAAGCGAACAGGCUGUUCUCCGAAAUAUCUGCAAUUUUAAAGAUGGAGGCUGCCACAUGACUGAUGCAAAGGUCUGUAAUGCCACUCUUCAGAUGAUGUUCAGCCGCUCACCUGCAUUGGGACAGUGCGUGUGUUCUGGACCGGAUCCAUGCAGCAGUCUUCAGCUGCUGUACUCUCAGUGCCAGCAUCACUGGGCUCCAAAAAACAAGCAACUUAAGGCAGAAUGGCAAGCCAGUGAUCACAAAGAACAUGUAGACCACUCCAACCAAUCCUGUCUUGAAGAAAUCAUGGCUUGUCUUGGGGAGAAAUCCUGUAACAGCCUAAUGGUGCCAUUUGUCCAGGAAUGCAAUGCCUACCAAUGCAAUCCAAGUCAGUGCAGAGACGCAUUGAGGCAGUUCUACUUGGCUCUUCCUUACAAUGUGGCUGAAAAACUGGUGUUCUGUGACUGUGAUAGAGGAGACCAGGAAUGCAAACAGAUGAAAGCCUCUCUACACUCUGGAUCCUGUGCGAGUGACCAGUCGCAGACACCCUGGACCUGCCUGGAGGCACUGGACAGCUGCUCUGAAAAUACAUUGUGCAGGCAGAUGUUUAGCAGUUACCUCUCCAAAUGUUUUGGGGGAAAGGAAUCUGCGCAUGAAACGACCAGUGAAUGGUUAAGUCGUCUGGACCCCGAGUUCUUUCUUGGGCACGACCUCCAAUGCAGGGUGGCAUUUGUGGAAACAAUGGGCUGUGUACUUCAUCAUCCAUGCACAUGUGAUGGAUUACAUCAUCAUAAUCAAUAUAAGUGCAAUGAGCUAAAACAAAUUUUCCAGGACAAGUCCCUCUUCACGCUCGCGGGGACCAAAGAAAAUUUCCGACAUGAAGAAUCCCAUGAAUUCAACACUGGGAAACAACUAAACAGAAAAAAAAGCACUGAACAGCAGUGGUUAAGUGGUGAAAUUGUCCAACAUGGACAAUUUGAUGAUUCAAGCAAUGGGCAACGACCAACCAAUGAAUCGAGUGUUAAGCAGCAGUGGUCAAGUAAUCAGCUGUUUUACAUACUGAUAUACAUCUCUGCAUUAAUGCUGGUGGUAUUGUUUGUGGUCAAUCUAGUUUUGCACAGACUUUGGAGAAUACACCAAGCUGCGGGUAAACCAACUUUUGAGGCCCAUCAGUCAAAGUCCCUGAUGUUGUCAUCGGUUAUUAUUUAACCUGUUAAAAACACAAUGAUCGCCGACAUCCUCAGAUUAUUAUUGUUUCACUAUCAAACAUCACACUUAUACUUGAUCUUUCGGGUAUGUCAUUUAUGUCUCCAUUCCUAAAUGGGGGGUACUUGAGAAGGGGUUAAAUGGCAGUGAUAUUUAUGAUACUUUGCACAUUGUAGUUAUAUCUUUCACUGUGAAUUUUAAAUAUCCUUAUACAAUAUUUAAUAUUUUAAAUAUAUAUAAUAAAUACUCCUUUGCUUUUUAUCAAGCCACAGUUAAGGUUUGCAAGAAGGGAUUGUUUUUGCUCUGAUAUAUUAUUUAUACUGGAUGAAAAAAAGGUUUUAUUAUCAUUAUCAUUAUUAUUUCAUAAUUGCUGUCAUUUGGUUUUAUUGUCAUACGCUUUAUUACUUGGUAGGUGUCAAAAUAUGAAGAAU